AUGCAAGGAUGUCAGCAGAAAUUCAACAAGCCGAAGAAAAAAUCGAUACGAGAACUUCUCUCUGAGCGUUAUAAGGACUACUUAAACCUUUCAGAUGCGGAUCGAAUUCGCUACGUUAAUUUUUCAAAAGAACUGAGCGCUGCAUUACAUGGUGAUGAUCCAUCAUCCUUAAAAAGGACGAUUGGUAAUCACAUCUUUUCUGAUCCUGAAAAGUUGAUUCGCAUGAAAUUACUAACUUUUCCUUUGCCACCAAAUGAAGAAUUAAUGGUGCGCCGGGUAAUGGACAGUUGUCCAUUUAAAGCUCUGUUAAGCUGCUUUGGAGGUUUUGUUUUGGGCGGUAUCUUUGGGUUGUUUUCGGCCAGUGUGGACCCAAUGAGCACAGUACAUGGUGCGGAAAUUCCAACUACUCGUCAAGUUAUGAAGGAAAUGUAUUCCCGUUCAUUAUCACAUGCCAAGAGUUUUGCUGUGGUUGGGACACUUUUCGCUGGUACUGAAUGUGCUCUUGAGAGUUACCGUGGCAAGAGUGAUCUUCUGAAUAGUACAUUGUCGGGUGCAAUCGUCGGUGGUGGGAUAGGUUUUCGAGCUGGUUUACAAGCUGGUCUUUUGGGAGCUGCCGGUUUCUCAAUAUUUUCUACUGCCAUCGAUUACUAUUUUAGACACAAAAACUAG